GGAAGUGAAGGAAACAAUGUAAACACAAAGCAGCUUCGGCUGCUGUGCUGCAAGUAUGUAGCACAAGUCAGUGGUUAACGCUGACUAAUUCUAGUAUUUAUGUUAAAUUGUGCAUCUCAUCCUAUCAAAUACUCGGUGGCAUUUAUGUAAAUGCACACAACCUCUAAACCUGAACAUGGGUGUAAAGGGCUUACAGUACUUUAUGGAGACAUGCUGUCCAGAUACUUGUGUGCCAGUAGAUCUGAAACAGAUGGCACUGGAUCACGCCAAAGCCUAUCCUGACAGUAAUGCUACAGUUGUAGUGGAUGGCAUGGCCUGUUUAAGAUACUGGUAUCGCUGUCAAGCUUGGGUCCACGGCGGUCAGUGGCAGGAGUACAUGCAUAUCCUGCAGGAAUUUGUCAGUGCAUUUACAGCAGCUGGUAUACGGUUAGUGUUUUUCUUUGAUGGAACGGUCGAGGAACAGAAACGGGCCGAGUGGGUGAAGAGGCGUUUGAGAGUCAACCGAGAUAUAGCGAAAAUAUUUCAGCACAUUAAGUGUCACAAACAGCAGCCGAACAGCAGAGACCUUUUCUGCCUUCCUUCAGGACUUGCAACCUUCUCUCGAUUUGCCCUUAAAACCCUUGGCCAAGAAACGUGGUGCUCAGUCCGUGAAGGAGAUUAUGAGAUUGCUGACUAUGCCCUCUCUCAUAACUGCAUGGGAAUCCUUGGUCAAGAUACAGAUUUUGUUAUCUACAACACAGUCCCGUACUUGUCUAUCAGUAAACUCAAUUUAGGUGAUAUGACAACAGUGGUGCUCUCCAGAGAGAGGUUAUGCCAGAUUUUGAAGCUUCAUAUGACCGACCUUCCACUCGUGGCCUGUAUGUUGGGUAAUGACAUAGUGUCCGAGCAGCACAUGCAGCGUCUCCGCAACAUCGCUUUAGCAUCGUAUCGAAAGAAGCACAGGGAAGUUCAGGGAGACAAGAUCUAUGCUGUUGCGGACUUCAUUAAUGCUCAUCGUCCCAAUAGUGAGGGAACGUUUGGUGUUUCCUCUCUGCCAUUACAUGAUGCUGAGGAAGAGACUUUAAUAAAAGGAAUACACAUGUAUCUGCUUCCAGGGCAAAAAUCCCCUUGGUUAGACUGCAGUCCCCAAUCUCCCGAGACAGUGUGCUUGAUGGAGAAGUACAUACCACUUGAUAUAUUAAAGGCCGUUAAAGAGAAACAUACCCAGGCCGAGUGUUUCAUGAUUUAUAAUUUCAUAUAUGAUGGGGUUGUGGAGUGCAGCAACACAUUGGAAGAUGAGGAUGAAGCUGGGUUACCACCACAGGCUGUCUUAUAUCUGCCUGUGCGAGAGCGUAUCUAUGGCCUGUUUCUGCCGGUGCAGCCAGAUUGUUUCAGUAGCACAGUAUCAGUCAAUGAAUGGUUUGUCUUUCCUGGGAAUCCACUUAAGGAGGCAAUUAAAGUCAGUCCAAAACCCCUCAACUAUAAAGAAGAUCCCCCCGAUCUAAUGGCUCUGUGGUUCAGGACAGACCCAGAGGUUAAAGAAGUCCGAAUAUCAACACUGUUUGGUGUCUUUGACCUGCACGACUUCACCGAAGAGCUUCACCAGUUUGACAGUCCAUUGCUUGCUGUGAUUUGUCUUGUAACCUACAUCACCAUUCAGGCGAGACACCUUUCUCUGGAAGACAUAGAUGCUUAUCUGAGCCAAGCUGUUUGUGUCAGAUACAAAUCCUUCACAGAAAUGCAACAGAUCAGGAUUCCUGUUGUGGACCCCAGAGCGGUCCAGCUGGGUUCUCUCUUUGUGCGUGGUCUGACCUACCUCAUCGCAGCAAACAGCGCUUGCGGUUUCCCUUUUCCAAUGGCCGAGCUCAUGCCAUGGAGAACCUUUGAUGGCUUGCUCUUCCAUUCUAAAUAUCUGCAGGCUCACUCCGGCUGUCCAAAUGAGAAACUUCUAGAAGACCAACCCACCUGGAUGUCUUUGUUUGUGUCCAUUAGAGCUGUGGUGUUGGAAGCUUGUAGGAGGCGCGGCACAUCCGUCCACAGCCGACCGCGCAGACUUCACUACGGCGAGGUGAGGCCCGUCGAUGUUGAUGAUCUGCAUGGAGAAAGACGACCCCAACCUCACCAUACCGCACGUCUGGAGUUCAGCCAACAGCCCAGAGAUCCCACACGCUACCAGCAAGGUUAUAGGCCAAGACAUUCAAAUAGAGGAAGGUAUCAGCUUGCACCAAGAUGGCCUCAGUCUCAAAACUAACUGAUUUCCACUGACUGAUGAAAAUGAAUUUCACGUGAAGACAGCUGUCAUCUGUGGCUUAAAUAAAACCAUGCAGCACUUGUUGUUCAAGUUACAGCAUUCACUAUUAUUUAGAUAUCUCCACUAUUUCACUGACAGUUCACACCUAAACACUGCUUAUGUAAAAACAUAUUUAGUUAAGAAAGCAGAUCUCAUUUUGUUUCCUGUUUCAGUGCCGUCCCAUUUUAGUCCCUGAAUUAUAUUCUACAGUCUUUUUUCCUCUAUGUGGAUGAUAUGAAUCAGUGACCAAAAUGGAAGCUUCCUAAAAUUGUGUGCCAAACCCAUUCAUGAUGAAUUUUCAGCUCAGACCCUGAUUGGUCUCAGAUGAUCUCCAACCUUUUAGCUGCUGGUUUGGCAAAGAUUGUUUGUCCAACUCGACACAUAAUGGGAUAGUGAAUAAAGCAUGUUGAUAA